GCUGGCUCAGCACAUACCGGGGCAGCCGUGUGUCCCACCGAGCCCCAGUACGUCCCGACCCUGUGGGCAGCGCUCGGUGAUGGAGCCCGGCGAUGGCGCUGAGGAGACCCCGCUGCCUCUGGCACUGGCAAGGUUCCAGCUCUCCGAGGAGUACGGCUUCCUCCUUCCCCAUCCUCUGACAGAGCUGCCGGCACCCUACGGCCCCUGGAUGGAGAUCGCCCACGACCUGCCCCAGCUGAUCGCCAGCCACCGCCUCCGCUCCCACGUUCACCAGAUGCCGCAGCUGAGCGCCCGGCACCUCCGAGGGCGCGAGGAGCUGCACUUGGCGCACCUGGUGCUCAGCUUCAUCACCAUGGGCUACCUCUGGCAGGAGGGUGAGGAGGGCACCGUGAAGGUCCUGCCCCAAAAUCUCGCUGUCCCCUUCUGGGAGGUCUCACAGGCCCUCGGGCUUCCCCCCAUCCUCUGCCACGCGGACUUUGUGUUGGCCAACUGGAGGAGGAAGGACCCCGACGGGUCUCUGGAAAUCGAGAACCUGGACACCAUCAUCUCGCUGCCGGGGGCAGAGAGCCUGCGAGGCUUCAUCCUUGUCACCCUCCUGGUUGAGAAGGCAGCUGUGCCUGGGAUUAAGGCCAUUGUUCAGGCCAUUCAUGCCAUCCUGCAGCUCGACCACGAGACGCUGCACAAGGCCCUGCAGGAGCUGGCGGAGGCCAUCGGGGACAUGACCAAGGCGUUGGCCCGGAUGCAUGACUUUGUGGAUCCAGCAGUAUUUUACGCUGUGAUCCGGAUCUUUCUCUCUGGCUGGAAGGACAACCCCGCCAUGCCGGGGGGUCUGGUCUACGAGGGGGUGUCCGAUGAGCCCCUGGCCUACUCGGGAGGGAGCGCGGCCCAGAGCACCGUCCUUCACGCCUUCGAUGAGCUCCUGGGGAUUCGCCACAGCGAGGAGAGCAGCGCCUUCCUGCGCAGGAUGAGGCAGUACAUGCCGCCGCCGCACAGAGCCUUCGUGGAGGAGAUCCGCCGCGCCCCGCCGCUGAGGCAGCACGUGCUCUCCUCGGGGGACGCUCGGCUGCGCGCCGCUUUCAACCGCUGCGUCUGCGCCCUGGCAGACUUCAGGUCCUACCACAUCACCAUCGUCACCAAGUACAUCGCCGUGGCGGCGGCCAAAGCCAAGGCCGGGCGGGCAGAGCCGGGCGACGGCCCCGCCGCGGGGAAGCCCCCGUCCGCGCUGGAGACCAAAGGGACCGGCGGGUCCCACAUCUUCAGCUUCCUAAAGAGCGUCAGGGACACCACGAGGGAGGGGGUGAUCAGCGCCUGACCUGCCCUCAGGGCUUGCAGGGCACCGCUCAGAGGGCCGCAGGAGGCCCAACGUCUCCCGUGUGUGUUGGCAGCGGCCGAAACCCCCUCUGGCAGCCCCCGUCCCGCUCGCGCGCCCCUGGGACACAGGAACGCGGUUGUCGAGGGAGGAGAAGGGUGCUGCUGGUCACCCCCAAAAGGCUGCGUGCAGCUCCGGGAUGGGCUCAGCACCCUCCCCCGGCUCUGGGAUGGGCUCAGCACCCUCCCCCGACUCCGGGAUGGGCUCAGCACCCUCCCCCGGCUCCGGGAUGGGCUCAGCACCCUCUCAAGGCGCCAGGAAGAGCCGUGUCCUCCCGAGAGCUGCUUGCCGGACCCCCCAGGCUCGCUCCCGACCCCCCCCGGCGGGGGUUACAGGGCCUAAUAAAGCAGCGAUUCCCCCAGCCAGCCGCGCUGCCGGGCCCUGUGUCGGUCGCGAAGCCGCGGCCCAUCGCGACAUGCCCCUUCUCCAUCGCGAGGUGGCGGCAGAAACCUGCCUUUGGUCCCGCCGCAGACGGGCUCCCGAGCACCAGAGGAACGGGGCGGGGGGGGCAGGUAAAAUCAAACCGGGG